AUUUUCCGCGUCAUUGCUGACAUUUCAUGCAGCGAUUUCUUCGAAUUUUCAAUAAGAUAUUUCGCUGCCCGCCCUUAAAGCAACGGCUAACCAGUAAGAAAAUUGUUCUUUUUAUGCAGAUUGGAAACGUGCGCGAAAGUGCUUUGAAUAUUAAGCAGCCACGCCGUAAAUUUAAUUCCAGACAUUCAGUGAAUUUAUAAAAUUCAAUUGACGAACUCUGCCGAAGAGGGCAGAACAGAGCACAGCACAGAACGGCACAGUACGACGCGGCUGGCGUAGCCUAUAGUAACCCAUCGUCACAUAUACAGUGACGCAGGCAGCGCUGCUUAUUGUGACAGCGAGUCGGCUGAGCUUCCUCCACCCAGCGGUUGUAUUUAGGCAGCAAACGGAGUCCGAGACGACAGCAACGCAGCAAACGCAGCGGCUGUUCUUCCUCUUCUUCUUAUUACUACAACUACUACUAUUUGACAUUUAGUUGGAAGUUUUGGAAACUUCGCAGUGCAAUGGAGGAGUAUUCGCGUGUUUUAAGCAUUUUGGGCGGCAUUGCUAUGAGCAUUGUCGGCUUUCAGAUCUGCCGCAAAGUCUUACCCUGGAUCUAUGCAAAUGUGCUGGGCCCCAAGCUGUGCGGCCCCUCGGUGAAUCUGGCCGAGAUGGGCGAAUGGGCAGUUGUCACCGGCUCCACGGACGGCAUAGGCAAAGCAUACGCCAGGGAGUUGGCGCGUAAGGGACUGAAAUUGGUAUUGAUAUCGCGAUCCUUGGACAAGCUGAAAACAGUAGCCAAGAAGAUUAGCGAGGAGUUCGGCGUCGAGGUGCGCGUCAUCAAUGUGGACUUUACCAGCGGCGUGGAUAUCUAUGACAAGAUACGCCAGCAGACAGCUGGUCUGGAUGUGGGCGUCCUGGUGAACAAUGUGGGCAUCAGCUAUAGCUAUCCCGAAUACUUUUUGGACUGCUACAAUGCGGAUCCGAAGUUUUUGUGCAAUAUCGUUGCCGCGAACAUACAUUCCGUUACCCACAUGACGGCCAUCUUCAUGCCAGCCAUGGUGCAGAAGCGUAAGGGCGUGAUUAUCAAUUUGUCUUCAACAGCGGGCGUUAUACCCAAUCCCUUGCUUAGCGUGUACAGCGCCACAAAGGCCUUUGUGAACAAGUUCAGCGAUGAUCUGCAAACGGAGUACAAAACCGAUGGGAUAAUUAUACAGAGCGUGCAGCCUGGUUUUGUGGCCACCAACAUGUCGAAGAUAAGUAAGCCGAGUGUGUUUGCGCCCACGCCUGAAACGUAUGUAAAAUCAGCUUUAGCGACGCUUGGCAUUGCCACUCAAACUGCUGGAUAUUUGCCACAUGCACUGCUUCAACUGGUCAUACAUUUUACAGAGGCUGUAUUCGGUGAUCAGUUUGCUAGAAACGAAGUUCUUAAGAACAUAUUAGGUACACGCAAGCGCGCUCUGCGUCGCCUCGCUAAGGAGCGAUAGAAGCUAUUCAUUUCCAUAUAAUCAUGUCCCAAAAAGAAAAA